CGGAGUGUAUUGAUGAAUAUAUAAGAUAUAGGACAAAUAUGUAUGCAGCAGAGCAAGCAGCAAAAGCAGCAGCAGCAGCAGGAGCACCAGCACCAGCAGCAAUAACUGCAGCACCUGCAGCAGAUACCCCUAAUGGUGCAGCAGCAGCUCCUGCCCUCAAUGGUGUCCCCUUGGACUCAGCAGCAGGAGGUGUAGAUGUAACGGAGACAUCCCCAGCAGCAGCAGCAGCAGCAGCAGCAGGAGCCGAACCUAGUGCAUUUCAUGCUGCAGUAGAGAAGGUUGUGCUGCAGGAGCUACGAGCAGCAGCAGGAAGUGCAGCAGCAGCAGAAGCAAUAGGCAUUGCAUUAGAGGCAAGAAGAAUAGGGGAAGCAAAGUUGCUGCUGCAGAAGGCGCCUAAUAAGAUUGGUCUCCUUAAUUAUUUAUCAUCUAAUUUGCAUGCAUUAAUUCCUCUAAAAAGUUUUAGGGAAGAAGUUUUGGGGCUUUUAAUUGAAUUAUAUAAGGAAGUAUUAUUAAAGGCGGAGCAGCAGCAGCAGCAGCAGCAGCAACAGCAGCAGCAGCAGCAGCAGCAGCAACAGGGUCUGUCUGUAGAAAUUCCGAGACAGAUGGAGGCCCUCCUCUCUCAUCCUUUGUUGGCGCUGCCUCCUGCUGAGGACGAGGAGGAGGAGCAGCAGCAGCAGAAGCAGGAAGAGCAGCAGCAGCAGCAGCAGGAGCAGCAGCAGGAGCCGGGUCAGGAAGAAGGCUCUGCAGCAGCAGCAUCACCAUCAACACCAACGGCCGAAGCUGCAGCAGCAUCAGCAGCAGCAGCAGCAGAAGCAGCCGCCGCAGCAGCAGCUGCUGCUGUUGCUGCUGCUGAAGCAGCAGAGAGGAGAGCAGCAGAAUCACCAGACCCUGCAACACGCCGGCUAGCUGUCCUACGAAGUAUAUUAAGUGGACGUUCAACUUUAGAAUUACGAUUGGAAGUUUUAAAUAGAAAAUCACAAACAGAUUUCCAAUUAUUAGAUCUAUAUAAGGAAUCCAUAGAUGGCCGUCAAUCUUUGCUGCACCAUGGCUUGCUGCUAGCGCAUGCACUGCAGCAGAGCGGCAGCGGCUGCGAUUUAUUUUUACGACAAAAUUUAGAUUGGAUUAGACGAGCAGUUAGUUGGGCUAAAUUCUCCGCUACUGCUUCUAUAGGAGUCGUGCACAGGGGUAAUGUAGGUUCAAGCCUGAAGGUGUUAGGUCCUUAUCUACCUGCAUCUGCUGCUGCUGCUGCUGCUGGAGGAGCAGCAGGAGGAUCAUCUUCUUCCUCCUCUUCCUCAGCAGCAGGAGCAGGAGGUGCAGCAGGAGGUGCAGCAGCAGAAGGAGGAGCAUUAUACGGCUUAGGUUUAUUACAUUGUGGCGCAUGCAGCCCCAAAGUUCGUCUCUUAUUAUUAACACAAAUUAAACAAACAAAUAAAACAGAAAAAGAACCUCUCCUUCAUGGUGCUGCAUUAGGUCUUGGUCUUGUCUGUCUUGGACAUAGUGACGAUACAGAGGCGUACGAGGCAUUACGUACAUUAUUAUUCUUAGAUAGUGCAGUAGCAGGAGAAGCAGCAGCAUGGGGUUUAGGUUUGCUGCUGCUGGGCAGCGGCUGCUGCAGCGCAGCAGCAGAGCUGCUGGCUUAUGCAAAGGAGACGCAGCACGAGAAGAUAGGAAGAGCUGCUGCAUUAGCAUUGGCCUUUAUUUACUUCCAGAAGGAGGAAGAG